GAGCCGAACGUGCGUCAGCGGCAGUGCGGAUGGUUGUGAGCCGGAGAGUGAGUGAAAGAUGGCGGAGUAAUGAGAUGAGAUCCACCUGGUGAUGUCUUUAUCUCCUCAGCAGGGCUGCUCAGUGCGGGGAAAGCUCGAUUUCAUGCUCCAGACAAAACCUUGUGGAAAUGAACCGCGGGAGGAGAUAUUCAGGAUGAGCCGCCACGCAACAGGCAUCCAGGAGCCGGUGCAGGAGUUCCUCCCCUCCCCACCGCUGCCCGCGGAUCAUGUGCUCAGUUCCGGAGCUGUAACAUUCCCAGGUGUGUUUGAUCAGCAUGGGUGCCCUUUGGUCAUCUUCCCAGUGGAUGGUCAAGCCAAACUUUCAGAACUCAGCAAAGCAGAAGUUGUGGACUUCAUAAAUUACUUUCAGUGUCUUCACAAUAAGAGACAGGAAAAGCCCAGUUUAGUGUCAGUUGUAGCAGAUUUGAGGCACACCUCCAUCCCUACGACCGGCUUCAUUGCUGAGACUCUGCUUCUACUGGAGCUGCACAGGCAGACUCUCCACAGUGUUUACAUAAUUCUGCCCAAAAAGAAGGAUGCCAUGAAGCAGCUGGUGAAACUUCUGGCUCCAUCAAAAUCCUACACUGCCUCCUUCAGGAAAAUCCUUCUGAAAGAAGUCCCAGAACUUUUCAACUACAUAGACAGAAGUCAGCUGCCGCUGUCACUUGGUGGAUACUUUAGGUACUGUCACCAGAGCUGGGUUGGCUUCAUUAAGGAAAUUGAUGCAUUCGCUCAGGAGUUCUUGUCUGUGGUCCAGUGUCUGCCCUCGUGCAUCUCCACCCUGCAGGCUUUGUCCAGGUUGCCGCUUCCAUCUAGCAUCAGCGAGCUCCAGCACUUCUGCUACGUAAAUGAAGCAAAGUUCCUUCAGCUCAGGAGAGAGCUGGGUCUGGAUGAGCUGCUGAGGCACUGUGAGGGUGUGGUGGACAAGCUGCGUUACCCUGACAGGGACCCGUGCUACCAGGCCAUGGCUGGCACGGCCCUCUUCACACACACCGCCUUCGACAUGCUCCAGAAUCACGGCAGAAUAACUGCAGCUGUGGAAAAAGUGGAGCUGCUGUGGCAACAGGCGUUUUCUAAAGCCCAUUUACAGCUACAGGUGUUCCAGCUACGCAGCGAUGCACUGCAGAUCACUGAGAGGAUUGAAACUCUUCAAGAGAAGCUUCAGCUGUACCGAGUGGAAAUUGCCAGGGAUUCUGCAAAGGCCAAGAUGUUGCUGUCUGAAUUUGAGGCGUCCAUUCACACUCCUGCUAUGGGUCUUAUCCGCUGUGCUGAAGAUGUGACCCACACGUUGGCAGAGAUCCUGCCACUAAAAGCUCAGACCAGUGAGAGCUGGGCUCUGGAUCUCCAGAAGCUGAAGAAGAAUCUCCACUCUGCUGUGCAUUUUAUUCUUCAAACCCUAAGAACAGUUUCCGACUACCACAGCUACUUCAACAAGGCCACCAGCUGGUAUAAUCUGGUGCUCCAUGAAAACUUCCUCCAAGAGCUCCUGACUUGUGUUCAAGGAGACGCUCAGUGGCAGAGGAAGAACUGCGGGACCAUCCCUGCAUGGAGAUGGAGGCUUUCUGCUUUCCAGAAGAACAAUCCUCCUCCAGACCUGGAGGAGCUCCGUCAUCUCUCCAAUCUGUCUAAUGCCAUUCCAGAUGAUAAGCUCCAACAGGCAGGCAGCCAGAUUUCUCAGAGGUGCUUGACCCUGAGGAAACUCCUAAUUUCUUCUGGACCUGUGUCUUUUGAGCAGCUUCAGCUGGCGUUGCAGUGGCAGUAUGAGCUGUUGUGUAACAACCAUCUGACUCAUUCUUCGGAGGGCGCUGCAGAUGAACAGACUAAUGAUGCUGCACUCGGCCCUUCAGAGCCUAACGUCACAAAAUGUGAAGCAGCCCAUCUUCCUGGAACAUCUCCUUUACCUGUAACUCCUGGAAUGGUUUUACCUGAAUACAAGCCCCCUUCCCUCAGCUCCUUUGACUCUGGUUUUGAUGGAGCUGGGAGCAGCCAGCUGAAGGCCUGUGCAAGGAAGGAAGUAGCGGCUGGUCUGUGUACGUUAGCUGGGAACAGGGACUCUGUGACGGCCACCCUGAGGCAGUGUCAAAUACAUGAGAGCAUCUCCAGUAUUUCAGAUUGUGAGGGUCAAAAAGAAGAGUUUGAUCUGGGCUCUGUGGGAGCCUCCUCCAUGGCUAUCAUUCAGAUCAAGCCUAAAGCAGAGGUGGACUUCCUGAAUUUCGAGAUCAAAGUGAAGCGUUCGGCUGCUCUACCCAACAAUCCCUGGCUCAGCUUGCCGGUGGAGGAUUUGGAAGACUCCUACACUGUCACCAUUACACAGAAUCCAACACCACAAAAGAGAGAAUGUCGACUUCAUGAUGCGGCUGCCAACCAGUCCAACAGGUCUCGAGAUCAGCCCACUCAGACGGAGGUUAUGAGCACCUCUGAGCCCCCAGGGUCACGAAGCAUGGACUGGAUACUGAAUCCUCCUGAUCCUGAACUAAGCCCCAUUCACAACAUUCUGUCCAGCACAAUUCAUGAUGGAAGAGACCAGUCUGUCUGCACCACGGAGGGUAUCCCCACUCUUCUCUGGGAUUCUUAUGACCUACACGACCAGAAUCCAGAUCCUGUUGAUGGUGGUAUGACCAUCUCCCUGAAGGACUGGGAUGUGAAGGAGCAGGAGAGUCACAGAGAGGUGGAAAAAAUCCUGGACAGGACUGAUGAAAUCCUGGAGGAGGAGGAAAAUGUUUUGGUUCAGGAAGCUGUGCUGGAUGCAUUGCUGAGGAAAGAGGAUGGGAGGGAUGUGUGGCCUCUGUGGGACAGUGAGGACCAUUGCGGUAUAAAGAUGUCAUCCAGUGAGCUAGCUGAAGCUGGUGUUCUUGGCCUGGAUGAAUGUCUUUCUUCUGGAGAAUCAGACAGCCUCAGUGAACCUGAAUUAGCCGACUGUGUGGAUGACCACCUCGACGAUGAGGCUGAAGUGAGGACAGAUGAAGGGUCGUUUCACAUCAGGCCAGAUCUGCUGAUGGAGCUGAGAAAGAUCCACAUCUUGGAUGAGCUCAUCUUGGAAGAAAAGUUCAAGAUCCAGCAGCUCAGGUGCUCCUCAGAAAGUCCUCCCGCUGAACCCUCUGAGAGCACACCUCUGGUUACACAGCUGCCUUUAAAUAUAAACAAAGACAUUGAGGCUUUCCGGUUACAGCUGGAAAAGGAAAAAAGAGAGGUGGAAAAACUAGAGAAGGGUUUGGAUGAAGAGCAUAUGCACAGGAGCAAGGACAAAGCCACAGAGUGUCUCUCACUUCCCAGAAAGAACUUAUUGUUGGUCCAGAACAACUCUGGGGUCUGCCAUUCUGAAACAUUUCAAGCAUUAUUGGGUUUGAAUGUCGCAGAAGAGGAACUCCCACUUUCCUGGAGCCAAGAUGCUUGUAAAGAUAAAAACUCUUUAUGUGAAGCAAACAUCUUAAACAGUACUUCAGAUCUGAGGGAACCAUCUGAGGUGGGAAUCCAACCAAAUGCAAGCCAGUCAGUUUCUUUAACCUCUGAAUUGAGGCCAGAUGAAGGAGCCUUUGAUCCAGGUGGAAUCGACAGUCUUUCUCCUGACACGAAGGAAGGCCUUCCACCUUAUUCAACUAAAAUUAUUUCUCACAAUCCCUGUAAUGCACAAGAUAAGGCACUUGAAAAUAUAGAUCCAGACCUGGUUUUCAAUCCAAAUGUAAAAGAGUACAGUAAUAACACCAAUAACAAUGCAGUCCCAGAUGGCUGUGGUGCAUCAUUAGCAAAACUCUCUGAAAUGACCACAAAAGAUGAAGAGGCCAUGUCAGUGGUACCUGCAUGCUCUCUGCAGCCAGCAGAGAAGAUCAAGUCACUGCCCCAAAUCCAUUCUGAGUCUGAGCCAAUUGGGGACGAUGAACUGGAGGAGGACUCGUCUAAUGGGGCUCUAAGUUCUGAAGCUAUGAGGGUAUCCUCCUGCAGAUCACAAGGGAUGAAGACCCAACUUGAUGAUGAUAUUGCAAAGAUGGCCAAUUUCAAGACUCCCAUAGUACUAGAUACGGGAUCUGGUUUGAUGAAAGCAGGAUUUGCUGAUCAGAAAUACCCAAAUAUUAUUUUCCCAACAAUAAUUGGAAUGCCAAAAUAUGAGGAAAUAAUGAAUGGUGACCUGCAGAAGGAGACCUACAUCGGCCAUGAUGCUCAGCACAUGAGAGGUGUUCUGGCUUUAAAGCAUCCCAUGAAGAAUGGGGUCAUUCAGAACUGGGAUGAAAUGGAAAAGAUCUGGCAUCACACGUUUCAACAGCUGACUGUGGACCCUGAGGACCACCCCGUCUUGCUGACUGAAGCGGCCAUUAACCCUCUGGAGAACCGGCAGCGCAUGGUGGAGAUGAUGUUUGAGUGUUUCAACGUUCCUUGGACCUACGUGGCCAUGCAGGCCGUGCUGGCGCUCUACGCAGCAGGCAGAACCACUGGUGUGGUGUUUGACUCUGGAGAUGGUGUAAGCCACAGUAUGCCUGUAUUUGAGGGUUACUGUCUACCUCACGCAGUGCAACGCUUCCCGCUAGCUGGUGUAGAUGUUACAAUGCACCUUAAAAAGCUCCUGCAGGAACAGGGAGUGUGCAUGCGCACCACAGCAGAGGAGGAGAUUGUGAGGGAGAUGAAGGAGAAGUGCUGCUGCGUUGCUCUGAACUAUGAAGCUGAACUCAGUCAGGAGGGGUCAUCCUGCAGAGAGAUGUAUUACAGCCUGCCGGAUGGACAGAUAGUCACGCUCGGCACAGAGAGGUUCAGGGCUCCCGAGAUCCUGUUUCAACCCCAGCUCAUUGGACGCGACCAUUACGGGAUGCACAACAGCGUCUUCAAGUCAAUCCUCAGCUCGGACGUUGACCUGCGGCGCUGCUUUCUUGAAAACAUUGUACUGUCAGGUGGGAAUACUCUGCUGCCUGGCUUGCCUGAGCGGCUCCAAGCUGAAAUUAAAAGCCUGGUCCCUGCAGAUAUGGGGGUGAACGUACGUGUCACCAGCCCCAAAGACAGAGACUUCUUAGUGUGGAGUGGAGGAGCAGUUCUGGCCAACUUGCCCACCUUCAGCUCUGCAUGGAUCAGUCACGAGGAAUAUGAGGAGUAUGGACCACAGAUCGUCUUCAGGAAGUGCUUCUGAAGCUUAUUUCACCAAGUGCUAUAUAUAUACAUAUAUAAUACAGCUAAAAAGUAUAUAUCUCUUUAUAUGUAUCUAAAUAUAGUCCCAAGGAUCACUGUGAGCCUUAAAUAUGUGUGUUUUAUGUGUUUUCUGUGGAGUCAGUUUUCCUCAGACCAUCGGUAUGGAUCUUGUGAGGUUUUCCAGCCUGCAGGUUUUUGUUUGUUUUAAGUCUUGAGACAUGAAGCUGUUUGUCAAGACGGCCAAGAGGUGUUUGUCAUGAAUUUCUGUUGUCUCUCAAGAAUCUUCUCAUUUUGUAAAUGAGUCUGUCCCCAGAAUUGAAGCUUAAAUGAGUGAUUUUUGUUUCAGAAACUAGAAUUGAAGCUGGCCUUUGAGCGAAGGUUUUACAACUUUUUCUGAAGCAUUUGAAGGACAUGAAUGAAAUGAAGUGCACUGACUUCAGUCACUUUGUGUAUUUAUAAAUUUGAAUGAAUUAUUUUAUGUGUUAGACGAGGAGUGAUUGCAGACGUGGUACAAUUUUUUUCUUUAAUGAAAAACAUUUUAGGUUUUUUCCCCACAUUUAAAACUGUUUUCCAUUUUAAUUCAUCUAAAGUCGUGUUAAAAUCUUUGUGUCAAAAGCUUGAACGCAGCUUUCUCAUCUCAGAAAAAAUCUCCAGUGGACUUUUGCAGCAGUAUGGAGAGCAGAAAAGAGCGUGAUGUGAAGUUGGUGCAGAUUCCCUGCCUGAGCUGAGUAGCUUACUUAAGGUUUAGCUAGUUCAUGAUGGAGUGCAGGAUUUUUGGUCUCAUGCUGUUGAAUAAUGGAAAUUAUGGAGAAACUGUAGAUGCACAUGUAGCCUUUUUGACUGCUGUUUUUAUUUUAUUUUAUUAUUUUUGGCCAUGUUUCAACCCUGAAUUUGUCACUUUGUUUUGUUAUUUUGAAAUAUUUGAAGUGAGAAACUUUCUAUAUUUUACACUAAUGUGCACUGCAGUGUUUUGUAAGACAAGGUAUCCUGUGAGAUCAAAUCCCUGCACUCCCCUGAAUCCUGAACAGCUGUCAAACCUGUGUUUUUAUCCCCAACCCCCUUUAUUUCCUCCUGUGCAUGGUGUGAUAUGAUUUGCAGUAUAAUUGCAUCCUUUUGCAUGUGUUCUGUUUGUCUUUUUUAUUAUUAUUGUGCUCUGUUUUUCUUUUUUUUGUGUGCUGUUUUUCUGAAAGGCCUCCCUAAAAAAAAAACACAUGCUUGUUAUGUAACCUAAAGCUCUGCUCUUUUGUGAGAAUCACCAUGAAAUAUGAUGUGACUGCUGCGAGUCCUCUGUCAUCCUUUUUUAAUAUACUGUAAAAGACUGAAGCAAUUUUAGCAACUGUUUGCCCAGUUUGAUACUGAUCUAGAAUUUAUUUUAAUAAACAAAGCAAACCUA